AAUGGAAUAUUCCAUGAAAGUAAAAAAAAAAAAAAAAAAAAAAAUGUUUGAUAGCAUUGUUAAGAUCACAGCAUUGUGAGCAAAACAAAAAUUUAUUGUACUUGUUUGCUUGUGCAACACACAAUGUCGAUAAAAUAAAUAGAUAAAAAUAUGGCGUUGCCUUCUUAUCUUCUCAAGCAAGAAACAAAGACAACUGCAAAGUGAUUUAGGUAGUUUCAUGUUGUUGGGCUCUAUUUUACAUCCCCACAACACGAAACUGUCUUAAUUGCCUCGCAGUGAGAUUCAGCACAACAACAAGACAAAUAUGUUGCGGCGAAGUCUGAGAAGAGUUUAGAAAAGUAUAGCCUACUAGCUAAAAAAGACCAGCAAUUCUUAACAACGUUUUAUAUAUUAACGACAUUAUUUUAAUGCAUGAGGUGCACUAUUGAACUGAAAUCUUUAGAGCUGUAUAAAAGUAAAUGGUGGAGUGCAGGUGUAGAUAGCAAGGCCUCGGUUACGAUCAAUGCACUUUGGCCAAAGCCGCGUGCGCAUCCGAGACUGAGAGCACGCCCACAUCGCCGGAUGCGUCUGCUGGGCCGGAGGAAAAAAACACAAAGGCUUUAUUGGCCAUAUUCAGGCCAGACAGCCAAGUUACAACCCGAAGAAAAACAGAGUAAUAGCCCCUGUUAUAAACAAAGUCUGUUGAAGUGCCCCAGAGAUCCACUCUUCCGAGGACAAGAUCACAGCAAUAGUUGACCAGAGGGAGAGAAUUUGCCUCUGGUCGCCAAUGGUUGUCCUCUAUUGUCAAUGUUUUCAUGGAUAAGGCUACAAAGAUUUCGCUGUUAUCAGCAUUAAAUCACACCAUUUCCUCUUUGAACAACACUGUGUUUACUCAUUCUUUACGUUAGAAUUACGACAUUUCUGAUUUUCAAACACCAUAGCUAUUGUUUAUAUUCUGAGUGCUUAUAGCUAAUAUGCCGUCCAACGCUAGAUGCUACGUUUAUGUUUAAAUUUAACCUCUGCAAAUAUACGAAUAUAUUUACAAUUCUACAAUACAAGUCACUAUUUCACUGAAUAGGAUAUGUGGGAUAUUGUAAAAGCAUUUUUAGCUAUAUUUAUUAUCGUAAUCACAAAUACAUCAGUAGCUAGCCUACAAUAAUAUUUUGAUUGUGCUAUAAUGUGAUAGAUGAUAAAAUUAAUCGUUUUUUCUUUUCUUUUUUGCAGUGUUGACCAAAAACAUUUGAAUCUCUACAUUUUAAUAAUUUCACAGCUGUUGUAAGAUUUUGUUUUAAUGCGUAAAGCUUAAUUUUAUAUAUAACAAUUGUCUAAUUCGUAGAUGUAGCACCUAGAGUCCGAUUAAAUUUGUUUGCAUUUCUUUCAGUUAGAAUUGAUUCAUUAUCAGCCGCUUAGUUCACGUUUAUAUUUAGUUUAACUUGUCUGCACAUCACAGUAUGCCUUGCUGAGGAGCAGACUGAAGGUUUGAGCGCGUUACUGAAUGACUGGUCACUUAACAGGUCAUAUCUCAACCAUCCAGUGGCACUUAUUGCCAUAUAAAGUAUACAUAUGGCUCACGUAAAGAUCAUUUUUAUGUCUGAACUAUUUUAUGUCUUCUUGUGCUCGACUAGGCCUUGCAGAAUACGUAUAUCCAUCAUAGAUUUGCCUGCAAAAUAUGUGAAAAAUAAACAUGUUCUGUCUAAACUGGACGUCAGUGAUUAGAUAUACAAUGACAGACAUAAUAAUGUAGCCUAUUUACGCGUUUAGGGGUUUAUUUUAUUAUUGCAAACAGUAGGCCCACUCCAUUAAAAUUUGGAUACGAAAUUCUACAAAUGACUCUUCUCAAAUAACCAUUUUUGUUACGCUUGGUUAUUAGAUGCUGAAGUUUAACAACAUGAAUAAAAUCAAAUCCACCUUCAUAAAAGCAUAUGGCUAUACCAUUAAAAAUAUGACUUGUAAAAUGGAGGCCAUUUAACCGUGUGCACUGGUUAGGCUUUCCCCUUUAUCUCCCACGUUCUCUCCCACAGUCACGUGUCUAGCACAUCCAAUCCAAUCUCUGCAGUGAUUCAACUUAUCAGAGGUCUGUAGUUCACAGCGAAGUCAAGUAGUUAGUUACUUGAUUUCAACGGAUUCUGCUUUUGUGGCAGUUUCAUUGUGGGUGUAUCCGUCCGGCUGGUCUCUCUUUGCUUGUUUUUGUUAUGUCGACAUUGGGCACACUGAGUUACUACGCUGACUCACACAUUCCACACGAGAAUGACGAUCAUUUGGCACCGAGGUUCUCAUCUGGACCCGUGGUCCAGCAGCAGACUCGAGAACUGACGCUACUUGAAUAUGGCGAACAGGAGCCGUACACUUUCCAGGCCAAAUCAUCAAUUUUUGGUGCGUCGUGGAGUCCCGUGCCCGUGCAGCCCCCAGGCACCUCUAUCGCCUACCACCCGUACAUCCAUCACCCAUGUUCAACAGGAGAAACCGAUGGAGCAUCCGUGCGUUCCUGGGCGCUAGAACCGCUUCCUGCCCUGCCUUUCACGGGAUUAUCCACAGAAACGCACCAUGAUAUAAAACUUGAACCACUGGUUGGGAGUGGUGGUGAGUGCACCACACAUACACUGCUUGUGGCCGAGACUGACAACAAUACGACCCAAGCAGAGAGGAAGCUACCUGACGAUGCGGUUUCCAACGGAUCACAGGAUGAGAAAACUCCAGCAGAGACGAAGCUAGAUGUAGACACAAAUAACCCUGCGUCCAACUGGCUGCAUGCGAAGUCCACUAGGAAAAAGCGCUGUCCAUACACUAAGCAUCAAACUCUCGAGCUGGAGAAAGAAUUUCUGUUUAAUAUGUACCUCUCACGUGACCGUAGAUAUGAAGUGGCAAGACUCCUAAAUCUCACCGAGAGACAAGUCAAAAUUUGGUUCCAAAACCGUAGGAUGAAGAUGAAGAAAUGCAAUAAAGAUCGUCCAAAAGACAUUUAAAAAAAUAUGGAAAGCUGUAAAUGCGCACUGCAGAUGAGUUCUUUGCUUCGUGCGAAGGUGUUUGUGAAUUAGCCUGUCUUUUCCCUCAUGCACAACCACAGUAGAUUAUUAUAUAGCCAACAUUUUGUAAUGUUAGAUGUACAUUGCACAAACCUUUGAUCUGAGCUUGUAUAUAUAUGAUUGUGUCUUUGUAUACAGCUUGUUGGUGAUAGUUUUCUUAUUUGGUCUGUUUGUUGUUGGUCUAGCAUUUCACAUUGUGUAAAUUUUAAAUAUGUUAAAUUUUGUUUUUUUAAGGUACCAGUUCAUGAUUUCAGGGAAAUAGUUUCUGCGAUAUGAAAUGCUGAUGAUAUGCAUGAUUUUUUUUAAAUUCAAAAAUAACUUGUAGCGUAAUGUAUCAAUGUUUAUUGUGACUACCUAGAUGUAUUUGAACUACCUAUGUAUUAAGAUGAAUUAAUUUAUGCUGUGUUGUUCGUUAUUGAAACAUUUCAGUGAAUUUUGUAACAUUUACGUGCUUGUAAUGUUAUAUGUGAAAACUGCAUACGCCAAUACCUCAAAUCAACAGUGUUAGUUCUUUUCAAAUGAAAUGUGUACAUAACAAAUAAAUUUCUGAUAAAUAGUA